GCCGAGCAGCGACCAGCGACCAGCGAGGGUGCCACUCACCGCCCGCCCCCCAGUACCCCACUCACUAGCUAGCUAGCUAGCUGCGCACUACGAGUCCGGCGAUCACAGCCCGGCAGGCCGGCCAUGGCCACCGUGCCCGUCCUAGUCGUCCUGCAUGUUCUGCUACUCGCUGCUGCGGCCGCCUGCGCCGCGGCGGGGGGGAGUAGCAGCAAGGUGCCGGCGCUCUACGUGUUCGGCGACUCCACGGCGGACGUGGGCACGAACAACUACUUGCCGGGCGGCGCCGAAGUGCCGCGUGCCAACUUCCCCCACAACGGCGUCGACUUCCCCACGGCGCGCCCCACCGGCAGGUUCAGCAACGGGUACAACGGCGUCGACUUCUUGGCCGUGAACAUGGGCUUCAAGCGCAGCCCCCCGCCGUUCCUCGCCGUGGCCAACAAGACCAACAGGCAGGUCUUCCGAGGUCUCCUGGGAGUGAACUUCGCCUCUGCAGGAUCAGGCAUCCUCGACACGACGGGGAGCUCCAUCAUCCCGCUGAGCAAGCAGGUGGAGCAGUUCGCCUCCGUGCGGCGCAACAUCUCGUCGCGCGUCGGCAACGGGUCUGCUGCUGCCGACGCCCUGCUGUCGCGGUCCCUGUUCCUCGUCAGCACCGGCGGCAACGACCUGUUCGCCUUCUUCGCGCGGAACAGCACGCCGUCGGACGCCGACAAGCGGCGGUUCGUCGCCAACCUCGUCGCGCUGUACCAGAACCAUGUGAAGGCUCUGUACGUGCUCGGGGCUCGGAAGUUCGCCGUGAUCGACGUCCCGCCGGUCGGGUGCUGCCCCUACCCGAGGAGCCUGCACCCGCUGGGCGCCUGCAUCGACGUGCUCAACGAGCUGGCGCGCGGGUUCAACGAGGGCGUCAGGGCGGCCAUGCACGGCCUCGGCGUGAGCUUCCAGGGGCUCAGGUACUCCGUCGGGAGCUCCCACGCCGUCGUGCAGAGCAUCAUGAAGCACCCUCAAAGGCUGGGGUUCAAGGACGUGACGAACGCGUGCUGCGGGUCGGGCCGGUUCAACGGCAAGUCCGGGUGCACGCCCAACGCGACGCUGUGCGACAACCGACACCAGUACCUGUUCUGGGACCUGCUGCACCCCACGCACGCCGCCUCCAAGAUCGCCGCCGCCGCCAUCUACAACGGCUCGCUCCACUUCGCCGCGCCGAUGAACUUCAGGCAGCUGGCCGAAGACGACCGGUGCUAGCUAGCUAGCACAGCUAGAGCUAGCACGAGGACGUAGGGACGUGUCUCUGUUCUCUGCUGCGGACUGUGGUGAAUAUGGUCGUUGGUGUGUAGAGGACGACGGAUGCGUGCAUGGCUGCUGUGUUCGCUGUAUGUUUCUCGACCGUGGUUUGGUUUAGAUGAUGAUGACCGACGCCGCCGGCGUAGUUUGGACUGUGAACGAAUUUACAUCAUGCUGCUGCAGAGGUACGGGUGUACCGUGUACGUGACAUCGUCUACACCUCUCCUGGACAACUUUAACUGAAUCUUUUUUUA